UUUCCUCCAUUGGCGGAAAUAAAAUGAACCACCAGGAAACUGCAGCCUCUGCAGGUUAAUCGUGUUCACUGAUAAGUUGUAGCUUCAUAGAGGAUACAGAUCUGUUUAUCACACAGACUCUGUUUUCAGAGCUGUAAUUGUUUCAAAAGGUUUUGCAUAAACUAGUUGUUCGUGCAGUACUUUCAUCCUGCAGAGCUGCUGCUUACGUCUUUUCCCUUUACAUUCUCUCCCACCAGUGACAGGGCAAGUUAGGCAUUUUGGAAUCGGUUAAAGUUUAAUGGCUUUAUUGAUAUAAGCUUAUUACCUUUUAACUGUGGGUCAUUUCAGCACUCAUCCUGUCACCGAAAGCCUGGAAGGAACCAAGACACACAUUUAAUUGAAUUGCUAUAGAAGGAAAACAAAAGAAUAAAAAAACAUGGUCAAGAAAACAGUGCUGAUCGCUUUGGCCGCACUACUGUUGGUAUCUGUUGCCGUGUUUGUGGGCGUCUUCUUUGGCGUGAAGAGGAAGUCGGCCACCGACAAGCAGAUCUACCUGAAGGCCGCUGUGGCAGCGGAUGCUGGACCCUGCUCAGAAAUUGGCAGAGACAUCCUAUUAAAAGGAGGGUCUGCUGUGGAUGCCACCAUUGCUGGAUUAUUAUGUGUUGGACUCCUAAAUGCUCAUAGUAUGGGUAUAGGUGGAGGGCUUUUCUUUACAAUCUACAACGCAAAUACUGGAAAAGUGGAAACAAUUGAUGCCAGGGAGACGGCUCCAUACAACGCAACACGAGACAUGUUUGGAAACAGUACAGAUUUAUCCACGACAGGAGGUUUAUCCAUCGCUAUACCAGGGGAGAUCCGGGGCUACCAGAUGGCCCACGAGCGACACGGUAAACUACCAUGGAAAGACUUGUUUCAGCCGAGCAUUCAGCUGGCAGAGGGAGGUUUUCCUCUGGGCAGGGCCCUGGCUUCAGCUAUAGCUGGCAAAAAAGACAUCAUCCUGAAGGAUCGAGUCCUGUGUGAAGUAUUUUGUGGGGGAAAUGGCGACGUAUUGAAAGAAAACGAGACCAUUAAGUUUACUAAACUGGCAGAAACCUACAGAAAAAUUGCAGAGGAGGGUCCUGAUGCCUUUUAUGUGGGUCCGCUAGCCCAAAACCUUGUCAAUGAUAUUCAAGCAGCAGGCGGAAUCAUCACAAUGGAGGAUCUGAGGAAUUAUACGCCUGUUCUAGAUGAGAGCCCUCUGAGGGUGAGCGUGGGGGAGUACGCCAUGGUUGUUCCCAAUGCCCCCGCGAGCGGCCCCGUGCUAUCGCUGAUACUAAACAUCCUGAAUGGAUACAACUUUACUGCAGACAGUAUGGCAAGUCCAGAGAAAAAGAUCCUAACCUUCCACCGGAUUAUUGAGGCGCAUCGUUUUGCCUAUGCAAAGAGGUCGUCGCUUGGAGAUCCAAAGUUUCUCAACAUUAGUGAUCUCAUCCAGAACCUGACGUCCCAAGUGUUCGCUGAUGCUCUCCGUGAAAAAAUCAGUGACAGCACCACUCAGCCUGUGAACUACUACGGGCCAGACUUUUAUCUGCCUGACAGUCACGGGACCUCUCACAUUUCUGUGGUUGCUGAGGAUGGAAGUGCAGUGUCCGCGACCAGCACCAUCAACCAUCAUUGGGGGAUAUUUUCUUGCAGUUUGGGCUCCAAAGUCAUGUCAAACUCUACGGGAGUUAUCUUCAACAACGAGAUGGAUGACUUCAGCUCUCCUCUCAUCACAAACGGCUUUGGCGUUCCUCCUUCUAAUAGCAACUUUAUCGAACCAGGGAAAAGGCCGAUGUCAUCUAUGGCCCCAGCCAUCCUUUUUGAUAAAGACAACAAGGUAAAGAUGGUUGUCGGUGGUUCUGGAGGAACAAAAAUCACAACUGCCAUUGCUCAGGUCAUUCUGAACACACUGUUCUUUGACUAUGACUUGGGAAAAGCUGUGUCAGAUCCAAGACUUCACAACCAGCUACUGCCCAACACCACAGAAGCUGAACCAGACUUUGACCAGAACAUCCUGAAUGGUUUAAAAGCAAAAAAUCACAACACAGAGUAUCUCAAAUCAUCUGGAGCUGUGGUGCAGGCGGUGGUACGUUACAAAGACGGACUCCGUGCUCAGUCAGACCCCCGGAAGUUUGCAUACGCAGCAGGCUACAGAGACCAUGGGAACAUCUGGGACUGUAGAGACUGUGAAGCUGCCAAGCAACUUUAGUACACCCUUGAAAAGUAAAGUAGAGAAAUCAAAUACUUCCCUGCACCUGAAAGUUUUGUUUAGCUUUUGUUUUUCAAGCACAGAAAAAUUUUCAUCUGAAGUUAUCAGAAGUUGCUUUGCUACAAAUAGAGACAAAGUGUUCAGUAAGAGCUAAGCAUUUCCCAUAACUCAAACUCUACCAAUCUCUAACCAGAGAUUACAGAAUGACAUUGGUUCGCAUGUCAACCUUGUAAUGUAUAAGCUCCUCUUACCUCAGCUGUAAAGCAUUAAGAAUGUUGCAUCACUUCUAUUUUAAGGAAGACUUUAAACAAUAAAGUUAUUUAAAAAACA